GUGCAUCUUGUUACUGCAGUUUUCGAAAAUGAAUCGUAAUAUUUUUUGUAAUAUUAAUUUUCAUUUAAUUUAGAAUAAUUAUCGCUAUAGAAAAUAAAUUAAAUGUUUGUGAAAAUAUUCCAAUGUAAAUAAGAUAUUUGAAAUAAUACUAUCUUCAAAAUAUCUUGUAUGCUCGACAAACAAUUGUAAUUAGGUAUUCACCUAACACAAAAGAAUAUAUAUCAGUGUAGACUUUGUGCGUGAUUGAAAACGGAAGCCUAAAUAUAUGGGUGAAGAAAUAACAGCCGUAGAUGUGGAAGUCAACACAGAUAUACCCCGAAGGGGGUUUUGCGGACUUAAUAAAAAUUUAGUUUUAUUAAAAGUAACCCUAUUCUUCCUACAUGGAGCCACGUCUUCUCUCGUUCCUUACCUAACCAUCCACAUGCAGAGUAUAGGUCUCACGAUGGAGCAAAUUGCUAUAAUAUACCUUCUGCUUCCGUUUACUACGUUCAUUGCACCGCCUAUUACCGGUAUUUUGGUAGACAAAUUUGGAAGAUACAAGCCAGUUGUUAUAGGAUGCUUCCUCUUAACGGCAAUAUUGCAUCAUUCUCUGCUUUUGAUGCCCACCAGAGAGGCGCCCGGAAUUGUACCAGACGGGUAUAUAAUUAGACAUCCAAAGAAAAUGUAUGUAGAAGUUUGGUGGAGUCCGUGCCCGAGCAGACAAUGUCCGGCUACCGAGGAAUUAGACAUUGUUUUAGAUCUAUGCGAAGAUCAUUGUCUGUUGACGCAAGCUAAAAUAGAAAAGAGAUUACAGAAAAACAAGGCAAUUGAUAUGAACGAUCCUGGAGAUACUGAUGAUCUGAGUUUUCAUAUUAAGAAAAAGAAGAGCAACGAUACUGCGACGGCGUUUACCUUGGACAUGCAUCCGAACCUCGGGGAUCCCAUCGAGCAAUUUGGAAUUGAAUUAGAGUCGGCAGAAGACGACGAAGAUGUUACCGAAUUUAAAAAGAGAUUCCGCACUGGAAUGCUGCGACGUCACGGCGUCGAUAUGAAAGAAUUAGAACACAAGGACUUGAGAUGCGGUGGAAUCGUGUUAGAGGCCAAUUCUAGCACGCAAACUCGCUUAUCCAACUAUACCAACGAUUGUAUUCUCCAGAAGUGUCAAUUUAGAUUCGGCGGGCCGGAGGUUUGCCCACCAGAUUUUGAAGAAUCGGAUCCCGUGAUAUUUUGGAUGUACGGUAUUUUGAGGUUCUUAGCUACAACACUCCAACUCGCUGCAGUAUCAAUCACGGAUCCGGUGGCAUUGUCAUUGAUUGAAAAGUACGGCGGUGACUUCGGUAAAGAAAGAUUGUUCUCCUGCUUAGGAAUGGCUAUAUUUUCGCCGAUAGUCGGUGCUUUGAUAGAUUGGAACAGCGAACGUUUAGGCUAUACGGAUUACUCGGCAGCAUUCUACGCGUUCGACGUUCUUCUAAUUAUUGCCUCCAUUGCCAUGUUCACGAUGGAAAUCGACACGAAGUUACCGUCAGAUAGUUUAUACAGCGAUUUAAAGAAAAUAUUGAAAAUGCCCGCUUUGGUGGUAUUUGUAUUCUUUUUGUUUCUAUUAGGAAACUUGUGGGGCUUUAUAGAGAGUUUCUUGUUCUUUUAUUUAAAAGAUCUGGGAGCUCCAAACUACCUUUUGGGUAUAACUGUUACAGUAGGUACUUUAAGUAGCGUACCUUUUCUCUACGGCGCUGAGAAAAUCACCAGUAAAGUAGGACACGUAAGAGUUAUAAUUGCAGCUUUCUUUGCACAUUCCAUCCGAUUGACAGGAUAUUCUCUAACCGAUACUGCUUGGUUGUGUAUCCCAUUCGAAGCUUUAGAAGCCAUCGCUGUGCAUUUCAUGUGGGUAGCUGCGGCGACAUACUGUGCUGUUUUGGCGCCGAAAGGUUUGCUGGCCACGUUGCUGGGCGUGUGCAUGGUGGCGCAUUACAGCGUAGGACGAGGAAGUGGAAGUUUCUUCGGAGGCCACCUCAUCGCCAAGUUUGGAAUAACGUUGACCUUCAGAAUAAUGGGAGCGUUUGCUGCCAGCUCCGGCCUCCUAUACGCUUUCCUGCACUUCGUUUGGCUCCAGAAAGCCGAGAGAGCGGUUGCCGAAGACUCGCAAGAAGAAGAAGUGGAGAGUCUGAGGAAAGGAGUUAAAUAUAGAGAUCAGGGAACGACGAUGAGUAUGGAAAGAUUGAGUGUUAUGGCGGAGUUUAACCCUGCUGGAUCAUUGUCGUCAUUGGGAAGAAGCCACUUAUCCAGGAGUAGUAUUAUUAGAAGGAGUAGUUUGAGACCGCACCAGAAGCAGGAAUUUAUUAAAUCUACCAACGAAAUUAGAAGAAAUAGUGAUAAGGAUAUUUCAACUCAUGCCCUUUAUCCGAGUUUAUCGCAAGCAGAGAACGGCUUCAUACCGAAUGAAAAAGACGAAAUCGUCUACGACGAAAUAAAAAGGAGAAAUCAAAGCGACGACAAAAACAAGAAGGAAAACGAAAAUGAAAAUCUUCCAACGCAGAGCCCCGAAAUAGAAUCUCAAAAGUGAAAUUAAAUAUUUAAACGAGCAUAUUUAGGUGUUCUUUAGUCUCUUAC